GGUCUUCCUUGUUUUCCAUCCGGCCCCGGAGGCCCUGGCGGACCUUGCUCGCCGGGAGCUCCUGGUGAGCCGUCUCGACCAGGGAUUCCGGGCGAACCUCUCAUGCCACGCAUGCCACGCACGCCCAUAGGGCCCGGACUUCCAAUCUCACCGGCUGGGCCUAGUAUCAGUUUCUAUUUCACGACCUCUCACGAAUAUAUUACGAAGGAGAAUAAAUGACCAACCAGGUGGACAUCGAUAGCAUCCUUGCAUAACACUAACGUUCGGCACGCUUUUGCUAUCAAAACCAUCAAAUCCGUUUUCGCCUGGGAUUCCAUCGAUCCCGUCAGGACCUCAAGUGUGUGCAUUAUAAAUUUUAAUUAAUAAUAUAACG